AAGAGGUCAAACAAAAAAAAAACAAGAGCACAAAAAUUGAUGCAAACAAAGAGCAAAUCAAGAAAGUCUUUGAAUUUGAAUGAGCGUUUUUUCUCUUCUUUCUCGUAACUCAAACGGCAUGAAUUUGUAUUCUAACUGCAUGCCUUAAUUUUAUGAGGAAGAAUAAUUAGCCAAAAAAGAAAGAGAAUGAAUGUUCUUUCUCUUUUUGCAUCCGAAACGACAGCCUUUUCGCGGUUAGCUGAUGGAUGAUGAUAAAUCCCAUAUGCCCAAAUCAACCAACAACAACAAUUCUUGUUGUUCUACCAAUUCCACAACUCCUGAAAAUUCUGUCAAAUGUGAUAAGAAGAAGAAGUCAAUCAUUCCAAAGCUGUUCAGUUCCAAGAAAAAUGGCAGAGAAAGCUCAGAUGAAGAUUCAACUCAACCCGGUGGAAAUGAUCAUGGCGAGUCUCUUUCUUUCUUUCUUUUUUUUUUUUUUUCCCAAUCUCAUGUAAUUAUAAGAUUGUAUUAGAUACAUUAUAUAGCCUUGUCGACAAAAAUAUUAACCAUUCUGUAUUGUUCUUUCUUAGAAAUGAGAAUUAGGUAAUUUAACGAGUUUGAAAUCAUUUGGUUGACUGAACUAUGGUAAUAUCAUUGAAUCAUUAUUGAUAACAUUGUUAAUAUCUGGUUUGGUUGUUUGGAGACAGAUUUGGAAACCAAGAUGACAUCAAGAAUGAAAAUUUUCUUAGAGUCGUCACCCCAUGGUGUUAAUAAAAAUUUCCCAGAAAGGCAUAGCAGCGUCCGGAUUGAAGGCCUCAAUCUCUCCAAUUUUGAUCAAACAAUGGGACCUUCUACCAUAAUACAAGACAUUAGGGUUUUCGUGGCAACAUGGAAUGUUGGAGGAAAGAUGCCUGACAAUGGCCUUAAUCUACAAGAUUUUUUGCAAGUAGAGGGCUCUGCGGAUUUAUAUGUUUUAGGGUUUCAGGAGAUUGUUCCUUUGAGCGCUGGAAAUGUAUUAGUGAGUGAAGACAAUGAGCCAGCAGCAAGAUGGCUAGCUCUCAUAAGCCACGCAUUGAACAAAUCAUAUCACGAUUCGCUUUCGGACGGUUCGAAUUCAUCAAAGCACUCAAGUAAUCAUCAUCAUCAUCACUCGAAAGAGUUGUUGACCAAGGCCGCUUCUUUCAAUAAGCAAUCAUUGAAGGCGCUUUGCAAGAAGCUCAAAGUUGAUAGUAACCUCGUCAAGGUUUGCAACUGUCAUUCGGAUUCGAACCGGAGGCCGAGAAAGCUCAGUGAUCCUUGCGCUGCCCCUUUUAGCUGCGGGAAUAAUUCCAGCAUAGAUGAGUUUCUCCAAUUGGCUGAAAUCGAUUCUCCUAAAAUGAAUUAUAGGCUAGUAGCCAAAAAGCAAAUGGUGGGUAUUUUCUUAUCCAUUUGGGCAAGAAAAGAAUUGGUUCAACACAUUGGACACCUGCGGAUUACUUGCGUUGGAAGAGGAAUCAUGGGUUGUCUUGGCAAUAAGGGAUGCAUAUCAAUAAGCAUGACAUUGCACCAAACAAGCUUUUGCUUCGUAUGUAGUCACUUAGCUUCUGGGGAGAAAGAAGGAGACGAAGUAAGGAGAAAUGCGGAUGUAUCUGAGAUUCUAAAGAGCACACAAUUUCCCAGGAUUUGCAAGAACCACCCUUGUCGCUCCGUUCCCGAAAAGAUUCUUGAACACGACCGCAUCAUUUGGCUCGGGGAUUUGAAUUAUCGGGUGUCUUUAAGCUAUGAGGAAACGAGGCUGCUUCUGGAGGAUAAUGAUUGGGACUCCUUACUUGAGAGGGAUCAGCUAAACACGGAGAAAGAAGCAGGCAGGGUGUUUAGUGGCUUCAGUGAAGGAAGAAUCUUCUUUGCCCCAACUUACAAAUACUCCCACAACUCAGAUUCAUAUGCAGGAGAGACUGUGAAAUCGAGGAAAAAAAGGCGAACGCCUGCAUGGUGUGAUAGGAUAUUGUGGCGUGGAAAUGGAAUCGAACAAUUAUCUUAUAUCCGAGGGGAGUCGAGGUUCUCGGAUCAUAGACCCGUUUGUGCUGUUUUUGCUGUACAGGUUGAGAUGAAGAACAAGAACACUUCAAGAUUUAGGAAAGGUUAUUCAUGCACCGCCUCUAAAUAUGGCUUUGAAGACUGCAUAGUACCCCAAAGGCAUAGCUUUUAUGAUUAAUAUGCAAUGAUUUGUACAUUAUUUUCUAGGGGUAUCGGGCGAGAAGGCAUGAUUAGAGUAAAACCUUCUCUUUUUUUUCUUCCUUUUUUUUUCCAUCUUAGAAAUUAGUGAACACAUAAAAAUGAACACAUAGCUAUUAACUCUCUGUAGUAUUCGAUCAAUAGAAUUAUAUAUACAUACCAUGCAUAACUUGAUAGUGAAAUAUUUUAUACUUCUUUCGAGCGGAAGCAUUCAAUUAAUAUUGGAACUACA